CGCAGCGCCCGCCGCAGCGCCCGCGCAACUUUCCGGCCCGCGCCGCCCGCGCCGCGCCCGCUCUUCGCUCGCCACCCACCGGCUGGCCGUGAACGGGGAAGCGAUCCAGUCACGAUGGCUAAAGGGGACCCCAAGAAACCAAAGGGCAAGAUGUCUGCGUACGCCUUCUUUGUGCAGACUUGUAGAGAGGAGCACAAGAAGAAAAACCCAGAGGUCCCUGUCAAUUUUGCAGAAUUUUCCAAGAAGUGCUCGGAGAGGUGGAAGACUAUGUCUGGGAAAGAGAAAUCAAAGUUUGAUGAAAUGGCCAAGGCAGAUAAAGUUCGCUAUGACCGAGAGAUGAAAGAUUAUGGACCCGCGAAGGGAAGCAAGAAGAAGAAGGAUCCCAACGCCCCCAAAAGGCCACCGUCUGGAUUUUUCCUGUUUUGUUCGGAAUUCCGCCCCAAGAUCAAAUCCACCAACCCUGGUAUCUCCAUUGGAGAUGUGGCCAAAAAGCUGGGCGAGAUGUGGAAUAACUUAAGUGACAGUGAGAAGCAGCCCUAUGUCACCAAGGCGGCGAAGCUGAAGGAGAAGUACGAGAAGGACGUGGCCGACUAUAAGUCUAAAGGGAAGUUCGAUGGUGCAAAGGGUCCUGCUGCUAAAGUUGCCCGGAAAAAGGUGGAAGAGGAAGAUGAAGAAGAGGAGGAGGAGGAAGAGGAGGAGGAGGAGGAAGAGGAUGAUGAAUAAAAAAACUGUUUUUCUGUCUCCUUGUGAAUCCCUUAGAGUAGGGAAGCGCCGUGACUGACCAUCUCUUAGGUUAAAUGCCAACCCGAUUGCGAUCUUUAGUCUCUCAAAUGCUCUGGAAGUUGGCGGUAGUUGCCCACCGUGGCCGCGGGGGUACGGAACGCUGUGAAAUUGUAUCAAAGCUGUACAUAUUUCCAGACAUUUUUAAACUGAAAGGCACUCUGUUCUCCUCGCUCUGUGCACUUUGCUCUUGCUGUGAAAAGGCAUUUGAAGAUGUCUCUGGCGUUUGUCUUUUCAUUUGUAAGGUGGUGUGAACUGUAUGGUUAUUGGCUAGAAACCCUGAGUUACCAACUGUACAUAUCUCGAGUUGUAAAAAGAACAAAGCACCCCGGGCAAACCCUCGAUGCCCCCUGCUCGGCGCUGAGGCUGUGGGACAGAUGCCACCGGGAAGGGACCUUAGAUCUGUUGUCACCGUGGCUAUGGCGGGCAUCCAGUUAGCUUCUGUAUAUAGUGACCUAGCAUCCUGCUGCCCCAUCUUACCUGGGGUCCGAGAGGGUCAGCUGGCAUGAGAAGUGUUUGGAUUCAUUACUGUUUCGUUUUGUUUUGUUAGUUAAGUGCGGUAGAUGGAAACUCUGUUUCCAAGCAAACUGUGGAACUCUUCAUUGGUGAAGAGUCAGUGAAGGUUCAAGAAGGUUCUGUACUUAAACACGAUUUGCAACGUUGUGUUAUUUUUUUGUAUGUUUAGAAUGCUAAAUGUUUUCCAAGUUAAAUAAACAGUAUUACAUUUUUCAAAA